AUGGCGCUCGUCGGCCAGCACCCCGAGCUCCCGCAGGCGAACGUGGUGCACUACAAAGGGGGCAAGUGGACGAUGGCCAGAUGUUGGGUCCAGAGCUAUGACGAGGCGACGCAGCGAUAUGUUGUCACGCUGGAGACGGACGCCGUGAAGAAGGUGAAGAGGCUCAGCCUCCGCUUCGACGCCGAGGAUCCAGAGAACUUCAGGAGGCGUGUGGAGACCUGCAGGGCGAAGAAGGCGUGGUGCGAGACGCAGGAGAGCUUCAUCGACUUCAUAGAAGCCAAGCGUGACGCGCUUGUCACACCCAUGCCGCGGCCGCACAAGGAACAUUUCAUUCGCCUGUGCGUGGAGAAGAGCCACCUGGAGGACCCCAACGCCCACGUGGACACCAUCCGGGAGUUGGUGCGAGAGGUGGAACAGAAUUACGUGCAAGCCGUGAAGUUCUCCAUCACCAAGGAGGAGCUCAUUGAGGGCCACGGCACCCACCUCGCUCGCCUGGACGAGGAAAGCGACUUCUACCCCGUGCUUAGCAGCUUCCUGCCCCGGCCCGUCCCGCAGAGCGGGCUCGUGGACCACCAAAAGGCCCUGCAGUCCGUGCUCGAGGUGGUGGAGGAAGUCGAGCAGAGGCCGACCUUCGCGAGCAGCAUCUUCUCCAUGGUCUCCAUGGUGUGGCGCCGCUACAGCCGGGAGGUUGCCAAGCACUACGUCCUCGACACCUCGCGGUGCGGCGCCGGCGACUUCUUGGAGCCGAGGCCGGCGCCAGGCGCCGGGGACCCCUCGAAGAGGGUGUUCGAGCUGGAGGAGUUCCUGGAGCACAUGGUGGGCCACCGCCAGAACUGCGCUGUUGUGCUGAAGCGCAUGUGGAGGGACUACAUCAUCGCCGAGGUGCUCGACAAGACGUCCGACCUGCACAAUUUUUUUGUCGACGAUUCGCAGCGAUACCUGAAGGGUCCGCUACACCAUCUUCUUCGGAAGCUGGAUCUCAUGCUCAACUCGCAGGUACGCUGGUUCAUGGAGCGAUCUGUCGAGGUCUGGGUCGAAUUCGUGCAGAGCUUCCAGCCGUCGGUGAUGCGGCCCUUGCCGCCGCCGCUGCUGUUGCUUCACCUAGUCGCGACGGAGCAGGACGUUUCGCUCCAGCCAGAGCCAGACGAGCUCGUCGAGGCUCUGAUGACUCUCCUCGAUGGGACCGUCGAGGUCACGUCGGCAAUCUCCUGCAUCGAGCACGAGCUCGUGCCCUUCUGCAACCUGCCGCACCGGCAACUCUUCCAGCCCCUGGAGGACCCGGAUGCCCGCAGGUGCGCCUACGAGCCCCUGGCCCGCGCGAAGGAGGUCACCCGUCAGGUCAUCGAGGAGUGCCUGAAGGCGCCGUCGGAGGUGCAGGCUGCCUUCCAGGAGUACGCCUACCUGCUCGGGGACUCGGAGGCCCAGGACCUCGACCCGCUCGACGUGGAGCAGAUGCGCGAGAAGAUCACCGCGUACAGGGAGGCGGCCACGGCGGUGGAGCAUCUGUCGACGAGCGUCGUGGACUUCCCCCUCUUCCAGCUGGACUGCGCCGAGAUUAUCGACGUGCUGGCGACGCGCGCCGAGGAGCUCGCCACGGACUGCCUGACCGCCGUGGCGGAGAGCAUCGAGGAGCGCUCGAACAGCAUUCUAGAGGAGUGGCGGGAGACGCACGACUACAUCCUGUCCACGCCCGAGAACGAGAGCCAGCUCGCUCGGCUGAAGGACUUCACGGCGGCGGUGCAGAAGCAGGUCGUGAGGCCGCUCCAGGCGAAGUCACGGGAGGUGCACGAGCAGAUCAACCUGGUCGAGAGCUUCAGCUUCGAGCUCCAGGCAGAGGUUGUCGAGAAGGCGUUCGAGUCCUUCUCGUGGCCGCUGAACAUCAACAUGGCCGUGAUGGAGUCCGAGAGGCGGCUCGAGAAGGAGCAGCAGCAGUUCAGGGAGCAGCUGGACGCGGAGAGGGAGGAGUUCUGGAAGGACCUGAAGCAGUACCGGAUCGAUCUGGACUGGACCAAGAGCCUGGACGACUUUGAGAACGCGAGCAAGCACUCCAAUCGGAUCCUCAAGCUGCAGGAAGACUUCGAGAAGGCCCGGACGCAGGUGCAGUCGUUCGCGGAGCGCGAGGCGCUCUUCGGCGCCGAGAGGGGCGACUACUCGGAGCUCGAGGAGCUCAUCGAGGAGUUCUCCCCCUUCUACAAGCUGUGGCACGCGGCCAUCGAGUGGACGCACUCGGAGGAGGAGUGGCUGUCCUCGCCGCUUGUCCGUCUCAACGCGAGCGAGAUCGAGACCACCGUGGACGAGUCGUUCAAGGACUCGUACAAGAUGUUCAAGUCCUUCGAGGGCCAGCAGAACCCCCAGAAGGUUGCGGAGGACUUUCGCAAGAAGAUCCAGGCCUUCAAGAAGAACAUGCCCGUCGUCCAGGGGCUGUGCCAGGAGGCGAUCCAGGUGCAGCACUUCAUGCAGCUGUUUGAGGAGAUGGACCUGGUGGAGGAGAUCGACGUCGAAGAGGGUCUGAGCUUGACGACCCUGCUGGACAACCACAUCCUCGACCACAUCGAGAAGGUGGAGCGAAUCAGCACCGAGGCCCAGAAGCAGCACGGCCUGAAGGUCACGCUCGCUGGCAUGAAGAAGGAGUGGAAGGGCAUGGAGCUCGGCACGCUCGCCUACAAGAAUACGGGGACCUACCUCCUCAAGGGCAUCGACGACGUGCAGGCGCUGCUCGACGACCACAUCAUCAAGACGCAGGCGUUGCGUGGCUCGCCUUUCGUGAAGCCCAUCGAGAAGGAGGUGAAGGACUGGGAGACGAAGCUGAUCUACAUCCAGGAUCUGCUUGAACAGUGGCUUGCGUGCCAGCGGACUUGGCUGUAUCUGGAGCCGAUCUUCAGCGCCGACGACAUAAUUCGGCAAAUGCCCAACGAGGCAAAAAAGUUCCAGUCCGUUGACAAGCUCUGGCGAGACACCAUGGACGCCAUCCUCGAGAACCCCAACGUAAUCGACAUCUCUGAUAUCGAAGGACUCCUGCCGAGCUUCACUGAGGCAAACAAGAAGCUGGACGCGAUCCAGAAGUGCCUCAACGACUACCUGGAGACGAAGAGACUCGCCUUCCCGCGCUUCUUCUUCCUCUCGAACGACGAGCUUCUGAUGAUCCUGUCGCAGACCAAGGACCCCACGGCUGUGCAACCUCACAUGGGGAAGUGCUUCGAGGGUAUCAAUAAGGUCCGAUUCGAUAGCAACGACGAGAUCAUCGAGGCCAUGAUCUCCGUCGAGGGCGAGGUCGUGGAGUUGGACAAGUGCGUCAACGUGGUCGAGGGGGACAAGAAGGGAAACGUUGAGAAGUGGCUCAUGGAGGUCCAGGACUCGAUGAUCCAGUGCCUUACGAAAGUGACAGGCGACUCCGUCGACGCGUACGCGGUCAAGGACCGCAAGGAGUGGGUGUUGGGCUGGCCGGGCCAGGUUGUGAUCGCCGUCGACAACAUCUACUGGACCAAGGAGGUCGCCGAGGCGAUCACCAAUGGAACGUUGCCAGAUUACCUGUUGGUCUUGGCCGAUCAGCUUGGCGGCCUUGUGGAGCUAGUGCGCGGGGACCUCUCGAAGCUGGCACGCCGCACUCUGACCGCCAUGGUCACGAUAGACGUUCACAAUCGCGACGUGGUUGGCCAGCUCGCGGCCGAGAAGUUGUCGUCACCGAAGGACUUCGGCUGGAUGGCCCAGCUGCGCUACUACUGGGCGCCCGCUGGGUCUAUCACGAUGUACGAGACGGGGAAGCCCAACACGGUGGACAAGUGCCAGGUGUCGAUCAUCAACGCAACUCUGCUCUAUGGCUUCGAGUAUCUCGGCAACAGUGACCGCCUUGUUAUCACCCCGCUGACGGACAGGUGCUACCGAACCCUCAUGGGUGCUUUCCACCUGUUCUAUGGUGGCGCCCCUGAGGGCCCUGCAGGCACUGGCAAGACCGAGUCGACCAAGGACCUCGCAAAGGCAAUGGCGGUGCAGUGCGUCGUUUUCAACUGCUCCGACGGCCUCGACUACUUGGCGAUGGCCAAGUUCUUCAAGGGGCUCGCCUCCAGCGGCUCGUGGUGCUGUUUCGACGAGUUCAACCGCAUCGACCUGGAGGUGCUGUCCGUCGUCGCCCAGCAGGUGCUUUGCAUCCAGGAGGCGAUCCGGGCCAAGAAGAAGACAUUCGUCUUCGAGGGCACCGAGCUGACUCUGAUUCCCACUUGUGCUGUGAACAUCACCAUGAAUCCAGGCUAUGCUGGGCGCUCCGAGCUCCCCGACAACCUGAAGGCCCUGUUCCGGCCCUGCGCCAUGAUGGUGCCAGACUAUGCGAUGAUCGGCGAGAUCGUGCUGAUGUCCGUCGGGUUCGGGGACGCCAAGAAGCUGGCAGCAAAGGCCGUGGCGAGCCUGAGGCUCGGCUCCGAGCAGCUCUCGAGCCAGGACCACUACGACUUCGGUAUGCGUGCCCUGAAGUCUAUUCUCGUUGCGGCUGGCCAGCUGCGAAGGAAGUGGGGCAACAACAGGUCAGAAGACGUCCUCAUGCUCUCCGCACUGAUGGACGUGAACCUGCCCAAAUUUAACUCCAACGACAUCCCGCUCUUCCUCGGCAUCACAGGCGACCUCUUCCCGAGGGUGGAGCUGCCGUCCUCCGACUACGGCGCGCUGCUGGACAUGCUCGGCGAGUCGGCGCGGGAGCGCGGCCUGCAGGUCAAGGACUCGUUCAUCCACAAGUGUACCCAGCUCUGGGAGACCAUCAUGGUGCGGCACGGGCUCAUGGUCGUCGGCGCGACCAUGUCUGGCAAGACAGAAAUCGAGAACGUGCUGGCGAAGGCCCUGGAGAAGGUGGCCGACGGAGACCUUUAUCUUCCGGUCGAGAUCCACAAGAUCAACCCAAAGUCCAUCAAGCAGGGCCAGCUAUACGGAGACUUCGACGAGAACACGCACGAGUGGACCGACGGCAUCCUCGCGCUGACGGUGCGGUACACCUCGAACGCGGAUCCGAGCAAGCGCCAGUGGAUUCUGCUGGACGGCCCGGUGGACGCGGUCUGGAUCGAGAACAUGAACACCGUGUUGGACGACAACAAGAAGCUCUGUCUCAACAGCGGCGAGAUCAUCAAGCUGAGCCCCGUGAGUACGAUGAUGUUCGAGGUGGAGGACCUUGCGGCCGCCUCGCCAGCCACGGUCUCCAGGUGCGGAAUGGUCUUCAUGGAGCAGGUCGACAUCGGCUGGCGCGUGCUGCUCACGUCGUGGGUAGAGAGGCUUCCUGAGCGCUUGCUCGACGUGGCGGACAAGAUGGCGGAGCUGUUUGACGCCAACGUGCCCUGCGCCUGGGAGAUGCUGCAGCGCAAGGUCAAGUCACCCGUGCCUGUGAAUCAGAACUGGGUGGUCAUGAACUUGCUCAACAUGUACCUUGCCCUCCUCAAGACAGAGCUGCCACUGGACCCCGAUUCAAAGGCCGAGGAGAGCGACGUCGAGGGUGUGCUGGAGGCGCAUACGCUGGUGGAGCCACGGAGCCCAAUGUUGUUUCGGAUGACGGCUGCGGAUGGCGUGGAGGUCCUGCUGGUGCGCAGGAAGCCGGGGAAUCGGUGGUGCGUGAUCAACACCGACAUGGCGACGGGCUUGGUGCCGAUCGCCGCGACGAACAUGUGGAAGGCCGUGCCGCUGCUGACGGCGGUGCAGAAGACGACCGACGAGGCGCAGGCGGCGGCUGCGAUCCAGGCGGGUACGUUGGCGGACCUCCCGCUGUACUGGAAGUCGGAAGUGAAGACUCUGCGGUGGUCGCUGCGAAGCCCCUGCCGCUCGGCAUGGAUGCUGGCACUCCUGUUCGUGCUGUGCGAGGCUCUGUCGUUGCUGGGCGUGAUAAGCUACCCGGGCGAGUGCUGGGUGGCACUCGUGGUGGCCUUCACCUCCGCCAAGAACACGUUUGUGGAGAGCUCCGAGGCGCCCUGGGUGGAUGCAGCGAUGGCAGCGCAGCUUCAGGACCUGGUGGAUUCGCAGAAGGUGAUUGCCGAGGAGCUGAGCGAGAUGCGUAUCGCGGAGCGCUCGCGAGAGCUACGUCGUUCGGCUCUGGAGGCGAGCGAGGGGGCUCGUGCCUCGAGCUCGGAGGAGGCCCACCGCGAGGUCAUCAAGGCGAUGAUGGCGCGGUUUGUCUCCGAGAGGAUGCGCUUCAAGGCUCAGUCGCCGUGGCAGGCCUUCUUGGAACAGCUCGAGAGCUACGGGGGGAUCGCAGCGAGCGAGUGGACCGCCGAGAUGACGGAGGGGAAUCGCGAGCGGGUCGCGGCGGAUGUAUUGUCGGAAGUCUACCCGGAAGUGCUCGAGCGGGUGAGCUUCCAGAGGCGCGUGAGGGAAGGCUACGCGCUGGCGCGGGCGUGCCUGAACGGGCGCUGCAGCGAGGGCCGGGGCCCGGUGGGCCGUUCCAGCCGCUGCCUGGUGGCCCUCGGCCAGCUCUGCCACGGGAGCUUCAGCGACGAGCCCCUUGCCCGCCGGGGGGCGUGGUGCCGGGUGGGGCCGCCGGACAAGGUGGGCGGGGACUUGGCUCGGCGAGUGCUGGGCGAAGUUGGGGGCGGCCCGCCGCCUCCUUCGAUGUCCUCGCAGGGGGCCGCGAUCCAGUGGCAGCGUCCUGUCGCCGCGGCGGCGGGCUCGCAGUCCCAGCUUUCCCUCGGCCAGGAGGUGGCCGAGCUUCAGAGCGGGCGAGCUGGUGGGAACGUGGGGCCAUUAGACCGAGGCGAGACGUUUCCCGCUCAGUGGGGCAAAGUCGCCUUGCCUCCUCCAAGUUCAAAGUCAGUUUGCGCGCGGCCUGCGUCGCCGCGAGUAGCGAGGAAGCUGGGUGAAUUCAGGGCGGAGGUGCUGAAGAACGGCUGCGACGAGUACGUGAAUGAUGCCGAGGGGGGGAAUUAUUUGGGCACGCAUUUCCGUCGCCGCAGGAAAGUGAUCAGCUUGGCGAAUCGCAUGGCGCAGGGGGGUGCUCUGCUGGUGCGAGAGAAGGUGGGCGCGGUCGGCCUGUUCUGCGUGGCCAAGAAGGCCGAGAUCGUGGACGAGGCGGUUGAGGUUGGCCGUCUGGCUUUGCCGGCUAGGCAGCGCCUGGCGCAGGGCUGCCGCCUCCCCCGGGUCAUUUGCAAGAGCCCGGCGGCCCGCUGCCAGGGCCAGUGCGUCGACGGCCGCAGCAUCUUUGGGGUGGGCUUCCAGGCGUCGGAGGAUCGCCCGACUCCGCAGCGCAUUCCAGACUUCUGGCUGGCGGCCGAGGCGCUGGUGGUGGCUGCUGGAUUCCAUGUCCACACAAGCGACUGCGCGUCGGAGGCCAGGAUGAUCGGGGACGACUUCUCGGGCGCGCGCCUGGCCCCCGACGGGGGCAGGGCGCGCGUCUGGCGGCGGCGGGCGUCGAGAAGGCGCUGGGGCUGA